CUCCGACUCGGUCUGGCAGAGGCUGAGGAAGCCGCUCCCGGGGGCGGAGGACAGGAGGCCGGCGUGGAGCGCGGAAGCAGGACGAGCCCAAGCGGUACCCUGGGCCCGAGGACGCCCUCCGAGCCUUGAGACUGCGGGGCCUCCCAGCCCAGCUGGCAUCUGAGAGGAGGCAGGGGCGCCCCGGCACCGCCGCGCGCCACUUGCCAGGAUGCCAGUGGCACCAGUGUCCUUACCAGACGGAGGAGGCUGUUUUCAACACCCUUGCUGGAGUCCGGCCUGCGCGCGGCACUGACGCCGGAGCCUCGGUCCGCGUUUCCCUGAGAUGAACGCUCCUCGGGCGCCCUCUCGUGGACGCUGGCGCUAGCGCCGGUGAACGCCGAGCGAUGGCAACCGCCCUCCCGCCGCGGCCCGCGCCGGCCCGCGGGAACGAGACCCUGCAGGAGCACUACAACUACGUGGGCAAGCUGGCGGGCAGGCUGAAGGAGGCCCCUGAGGGCAGCACGCUCACCACCGUCCUCUUCUUGGUCAUCUGCAGCUUCAUCGUCCUGGAGAACCUGAUGGUUCUGAUUGCCAUCUGGAAAAACAAUAAAUUUCACAACCGCAUGUACUUUUUCAUCGGCAACCUGGCUCUCUGCGACCUGCUGGCUGGCAUCGCUUACACGGUCAACAUUCUGAUGUCUGGCAAGAAGACCUUCAGCCUGUCUCCGACGGUCUGGUUCCUACGGGAGGGCAGCAUGUUCGUGGCCCUGGGGGCGUCCACCUGCAGCUUGCUGGCCAUUGCUAUCGAGCGGCACUUGACGAUGAUCAAGAUGAGGCCUUACGACGCCAACAAGAAGCACCGCGUCUUCCUUCUGAUCGGGAUGUGCUGGCUCAUCGCGUUUUCGCUGGGCGCCUUGCCCAUCCUGGGCUGGAACUGCCUGCACAACCUCCCCGACUGCUCCACCAUCCUGCCGCUCUACUCCAAGAGGUACAUCGCCUUCUGCAUCAGCAUCUUCACAGCCAUCCUGCUGACCAUCGUGGUCCUCUACGCUCGCAUCUAUUUCCUGGUGAAGUCCAGCAGCCGCAAGGUGGCCAACCACAACAACUCCGAGCGGUCCAUGGCCUUGCUGCGCACCGUGGUGAUUGUCGUGAGUGUGUUCAUCGCCUGCUGGUCCCCACUCUUCAUCCUCUUCCUCAUCGACGUGGCCUGCAGGGUGAAGGCCUGCCCUGUGCUGUUCAAGGCCCAGUGGUUCAUCGUGCUGGCUGUGGUCAACUCCGCCAUGAACCCUGUCAUUUACACGCUGGCCAGCAAGGAGAUGCGACGUGCCUUCUUCCGCCUCGUCUGCAACUGCCUGGUCAGGGGCCCAGGGGCCCGCGCCUCGCCCACCCAGCCUGCUCUCGACCCGAGCAGAAGCAAAUCGAGCAGCAGCAACAACAGCAGCCACUCCCCGAAGGUCAGGGAAGACCUGCCCCAUGCAGCCACCUCGUCCUGCAUCAUUGACAGAAGCCAAACACUCCAGAAUGGGAUCCUCUGCAAGUGACAUGUUCACAUGCCCACCCUGCAGCUAUGUUCUUGCAGAUCGCAUGCGUCGCUUCCACGUGGGCCCUUCAAGAGUGUGACUCGGGAGAGCUACCUCACUGUGCCCAAGGCCUGCCCAGCGUGGAGCCUCCUAAGGAGCGGACCCCAGGACUCUGCAGCCCAUUGCAGUGUGGACUCUGUGCCUUGUCCAUCCUGGGCAGCAGAGUGUUCUGAAUGCAUGAAGCUGCUGAUGUCAUCUGCCGCCUGCCACUGAAGCUGGGACACCACUCUCUGUUCCCAGACAGGGGAGGUCGUGGGCUGCACACGUACGUUUCUCAGUGUGCCUCUGGGUGAUGUCUGGAUAACUUUACACUACAUUUAUUGUGCACAGAAUGGAUGCCUGUAUAGCCUACAUUUCUAUGUUCCACAGUUUGUGUUCCGGGUGUGUGCUGUGUGGCACCUACAUGAAGUCUCAGUACACCACACAGUUAUGUCACAGGUUAUACAAGGGUGUUCUGACAGAACCCCCAGGUACAAGGAUAUGGUUGUGACUUAAGUGGACAUGCUGUUCCCAGUCUUCUCAGACUGACAUGAAGUCUUGUGUUAAGCAAGUUUUUAAAGGCCCAAAUUCUCAAAAAGGGCACCUCUGAGGCUGGGCCCAGUUGUGUGGGUCUGACCCAAAUGAGCCCUGUGUUUCUUCAGUCAUGUGUCCCUGCAUCAUUUUAAGCACAUCCCAAAGCCAAAUCACAUGAUAGUUUUGGGGUUUCUGCAAAUUCCUGAGAAGCCAGCCAAGAUCUCCCAGAGGCCUGUGCCCGCAGACCAGCCACAGAAAGAAGCCGCGAAGGCAAAGUGGGAGCAGGCAGCCGGCCUGGCUCACCUUCCCACGUCACGGGCUGGUGGCCUGCUUCCCGUGAUAGAGGGUGUCCCUGCCAUGAGGAGAGGUACACAGACAGCACUUUGAUUCCACAUCAGAAAAGCACCAAGUCAGAAAUCCCCCAUGGUGUCACAGCGGAGUAGCAGUUCCAUGGCUUCCUGAGAGCUGGCAGCAACUGCAACUAGUGAGAGUGUCCAGUUGUCAGGCUGGGAGGGGUGACCUGGCAGUGCACACAGCCACCGUGACUAGUGAGAGUGUCUAAUUGUCAGGCUGGGAAGUGUGACCUGGCAGUUUAUGCUUCUUCAAAGAGAGGUAUUGAAUCAUAACCACAUGAUACUGUAAUUUAACUUUUCAACGUAAGUUGAACCUAUAUCACCCUGUUUACCUUAUAAAGGAAUUACUUAAAAGAUAUUUUUGUACAUGUUCUUCCCCAAGGAUUCGACAUCCAAUACAAAUAGAUGAAAAGUAAACAUGUUUGUAGAGCUAUGAUAAGUACACAGCUGCUGUGUUGAGGUCUUUAUAAGAAUAAGAACGAAAAUAACCAACCUUCAAAAGGAUUCUUACUUGGGUGAACCUCACUUCAAAAUCCCCUAAAGUCUUUUAGGUUCAAUGAGAAUUUUGCCUGAGUAAAACUUAAAAGACUAAUCUUAACACACUAACUUUUUCUGAGAGAAAUCGAUGCUUGUUUGUUAUCUGAUGCAAGUCACUGUGAUCGAGGAACAUGCCCAGGCGUUCUGGGCGACCUCCAUGGACUGACCAAAGACUUUUCUAAUUUUUUGUCACUCAUGAGAUAAAACCUAUUUGUAAGAUGUUCAUUAGGGGUGUUUUGUGUUGCCUUCUCCACAUUCCUGAAAAGUAGCUUAUCACCUUAUCAAAUAGCAUGAGAUAAGACAUUAUCUCAUGGGCAUUUCUAGAAGAGUAAAACAUUAAGGUACCGGGUUAAGAAAAAGCAAAAGCAUCCGGGAGCCAGAAUGUUUGGUAUUGCAUUUCCAUGACUAGAACUUUAUGUCAUAGUUGUGAGCGGCUUUGGGGGCUUUGAUCUCUCUGUUGCUGAUGUUAGUCACCCUUUGUUCCAUCCCCGGAUGUCCCAGCACCUUCCAGCGUCAUCUCUUAGCGCUUCUAGGGAGCCCACGCGCACCAUUCCCACUAGGAGGUAUUGAUGUUUGCGGUGUGACAUAUGGCUCCUUUGAGAUAACACAAGACUUUUAAGCAAUCUGAAUGUAAAAUAUACCAAAAAUAUAAUUGUGCUCAUUUGAUAUAUGCAAAAACUAGUCACCUUUGAUAGCAACAGGCACAUGCCUAACUAGCUGGGCAGCUGGAGAUCAUUUAGCAGCUAAGUGUUUCAGAGCCCUAACCCUGAAGUUUGGAAACAGAUGAUCUUGUACACCACAGCAGAGAAACUACGUGUAAGAUCUCUUUUCAGUUAGUAACCUUUAUUAUUUCCAAUGUAUGUUUGUUAAAAAAUAAAAAUAAAAACCACUCUUGAGAGUC